CCAAGACUUAUGAGCUAACUAAGUAGAAAUCAAUUUAACCAUAAUAAAAAACCCAAUUUGUGACUUGGUUUUUCCUUUGACAACCUUGUAGUUGGAUUUUUCGAAAUACGUGGAGAAGUCCAAUUAAGAUUAUCUAGCUCGUAAUGGAUGGAAACUUAUGCAUGUAUUAGACUACUAAUUAAAUGGGAACAUUACAUAUAAUAUUAGUUUAAUUAAUGGUAACACAAUCAAGAACUAGGUCAGUGUGCAUAUUGCAUACACCUACAUGUGAACAAUAAUAUAUGAUAUAAUAUUUUGGGUCAUUUUGGAAUGUAGCAACUAGCAAGAGGACACGAGGGAAAUCGUGCAUUGUCUAUUUGAUCAUCAAACGGCAAAACACAUAUUUGGUAUAUGUGCUAUAUUUUUUUUUAAUACCUUAGUUUGGUCCGAACUAUAGACAAACUUUUGACUUUGGCCCGUGGUAUCGGAAAUUGCUAUUCUGGCAUAAACUAUGUAGCAUACUUCCUUAUUUGGCCCAGAGACGGGUUUGACCGUCAAAUUAGACGGUCAACCGAGUUGACCGUUAGUCAAGCUCCACCUCACUUGCCACGUCAGCUAUCAGGGAAUAAUUUUUUUUUAAUUUCUGAUUUUUUUAGUUUUUAAUAAUAAAAAUAUUAUACCAAAAAAAUUAAAUAAAGACACCCAAAAAAAUUAAUUGGAAGAGGGGCUGGGAUAAUUUGGGACCUCUUUUAAUUAAUUUUUUUUGUUCUUUAAUUAAUUUUUUUAGUUUUAUUGUUUUUAUUAUUAGAAAGUAAACAAAAUAAAAAAAAAAAAUUUUAUUCUCUGAUAGCUGACGUGGCAAGUGAGGUGGACCUUGACUAACGGUCAACUUGAUUGACCGUCUAAUUUGACGGUUAAACCCGCCUUCGGGCCAAAUAAGGAAGUAUGCUACAUAGUUUAGAUCAGAAUAACAAUUUCCGAUACCACGGGCCAAAGUAGAAAGUUUGUCUAUAGUUCGGGCCAAAUUAAAGUAUUAACUUUUUUUUUUUAUGAACAUAUGUAAUAUAUUAUUUUAACGUUUGCAUGUAAAUGUAUGAAUGCAAUGCCUGCCUUAGGUUUUGGUAAACUACAUUAUAAAUCAAUUUUGGUAGAACUUUAAAUAAAUAAACGUACUACAGAUAGAUGAUGGAGGUAACUAAACAGCUGAUACAAAUCAAAUUUGUUACUCGACCCAGUAUCACCAACCCACAUUGUCAUAAACCAGUCUAGCCUCAUGCUUCCCUUUAAGUGGUAAAAUGUACGAGUUGACGCAUUGAAAUCUCAGUUAAAUUUUGACGAAAAUGCAUAGCAUGACUACUGACUAAUUAUGGUUAUCGAUAAGAUUAAUUCGCGGUAGGCUAGUGGCGACAAUUUUACCUGCAAUAUGAGGAGUGGAUGAGCUUGCAAAUGGAUCGAAAUCUGCCUCCGCACCUCGAACCAUGAUCUGCUGCUGGCUAGGGGGUUCAGAUUUCCUGAUGUGGUGGACCCGAUGGUCGUUGAACUUCUGACCCUUCGGGAGGCUAUUGGCUGGUGUUUGGGACUUGGGUUUGCGAUGGUUAGGUUUGAAGGAGAUGCCAAGGUGGUUAUCGAUAAGAUUAAUUCGCGGCAGGCUAGUGAUAACCGGGUGGGGGCUAUUCUAGAAGAAGUUUUACACCACUUUGAUUCUCAUCCGGGGUUGGGUGUACGGUUUGUAGGUCGGAAUAACAAUAGGGUAGCCCACAGGGUGGCUAGGAAGACCCUUUCUUUGUCUCCGACUAUGAGUCGUGUUUUUUAUUUCCAGGCCUGGCUGGGAACCAGGAUGUAAUUAUCUUUUCUUGAAUCAAUAUAUGAUUAUCUUUUGUCAAAAAAAAAAAAAGACUACUGACUAAUUAUAUCAAUAGAAUUAUUAUUUGAAAAUUUGAUAACCAUUUCUUUUGAAAAAUAAAAAUUCAAAUACCAAAUUUGGCAGUCAUCCAAUCUUUUAGGGGUGGGCAACAGGAAACAGGUAUUUGGGUAUACCCGUACCCGUCCUGUUUUUUUAGGGUUACGAGUAUCCAAAUACCUGUAAUAUUUUUUAUGGGAUGGAAUUUGGGAUCAAGAAUUGAUAUUUUGGGUACCCACGUGUUACCCGUUUGAGUAUUAAUGGGUAUCCGUUAUACCCGUUUGUCCAAAAUUAUUGCAAUAUAGUUGCAAGUGAUUGUGCUGCUCGUCGGCAUUACUUCAAGCAAUAAAACCAUAAUUGUCAGAAGCCCAAUCAACAAGGAAUGAAAGCAAUGAUUACCCAAUUAUAUAUAGUGAUUAAGCUAAUUUUGCAUGGCCCAACAUGUAAUCAUUCCGCAACUAACUUUGUAUUUGUAUUGUAUGUGACAUUUUAGACGUAAUAGGUGAAGUCAUGACAAUACUAUGUAGUUGCAGAAUAAUAGAUGAGAUUCUCUGGGCUUUUUUGUGUUGCUGUUUUGGUUUGUGUGGAGAAGAAAUGAUCUGUUUUGGAGCAGGUCGGAUUCCCCCGUAGGCGGGGCGGGCAUGGGUACCUCUUAUCGACCCGACCUGUCCUGACCCACCCCAUUCUCGACCCGUAAUUGUCUAAAUUACAUGUAAAUUUAGUAAAAUUACUUAGGACUUUCCUUUUAUUACAUUAGAUUUUAGCUAUAUUAAAGCUGUAAAUAAGUGAAAACAUCAAUUUCUUAAAUACUUCAACCACAUUUUAUCAUAUUAUGGUUUUUUUUGUUGUCUUCUAAUGAAAAUAACGAAUAGUUCUAAUGUUUUUCACUUAAAUUACGUACCCAUUGGGUCGAUCUGCCACGACCCGCGCUCCGUGAUAAAUUACCCGACCUGAACCCGACCUGCCAUGGGGCGAGUAUGGGUAUCGAGAAACCCGCCCCGGACCUGCCUAUUGCCAUUCCUAGUUUUUUUCCCGGCCCAUACUCCUCAGUCCUCACUAGGGUUGUUAAUAAAUUUCCAAGCUCGAGCUCGGCUCGUGUUCAUCACGAGCUUCAAUAUGCAAGUUCGAGCUCGGCUCGUUUAUGAAAUGAAAGCUCGAGCUCGGUUCGAGCUCGGCUUGUCAAAUAAGGUUAACGAGCCCAAAAUCGAGUAGCUUAUAAAAUAUUCAUAAUAGCUCAAGAUUUACCUAAAACUUGGCACAAAAUUACAUUCAAACCUAUAGCAAAGUCUAGCAAAAUAAAACACAAUAUUUUUCCCAAUUUCAAUACAUAAAAUCCAUGAAUUCUAAUCCUUUAUUAUGCCAAAACGUUAAAUGAGCUUGUUCAUGAGCUUUCGAGCUGAACAUGGUAUGGCUUGAGUUCGGAUCGUUUAGUUAACGAGCUUGUUAGCGAGCCGACUUGAUUAAGACGAAUCGAGUUUUGAACGAGUUUUUCUCGAGUCGAACGCCGAAUCGUUCAUGAGCGGCUUGGUUCAUUAACAGCUCUAGUCCUCACCCUUUCUCAUUUCCCAAAACCACCCCCAAACUCUCUGACGCUAUUCUCUUCAGUCCUUCUCCGCCUUACCAAUUUCUCUUACAUACUCAAACUCUUUCUUUAAUACAAUGCACACUUUUUG